GCUUCUGACCUUGAAUGUUUUCAAAUUAUUCUUCUAGUAACAUGUCUAGUUGGUUUACUAACAAGCUGACCGAGUGUUCGGGACCAUCUUUAUCGACAGAAGACGUACUUAAGCUGAAGGGUGAAUCUAGUUCUGCUUUUGAGCGGAAUUAUGGAUUGAAGCUAUGGAAGAAUGGACUUCCAAGUGAAUUGGGUUCAUUGAAUCGGACCACGCGAGAAUGGUUAUCUAUGGCACUUAAAUCAAAGUCUGGGCAAGACUACGUGUGUGCGAUGGCCUAUUUAGUGAACUCUUAUCCAUUGUACGCCAUUCGAUUUCUCGAUAACUUAAUAUCGCUUGUCUCGCCGUCGAAAAAGCGAGAUUGCUUCAAAUCUUUGGACAUACUGAGCCACCUUUUUUGUAGCUUAAUCCCGAAAAAUCGUGCCUUGAUUACUGUAACAAAUCGACCUUUAAACGUGUUGGAAAAGCUAGAUACCUCUUCGAAAGAAAAUGUCCUUUGUUUGUGGCAUUUUGAAGAUGAGCUAAAGGCAGUGUACUUACGGUUUAUCAAAGCCUCAGAGAAACUUUUGUUAAGUGACUGUGUAGAUAAUUUCAAGCGCAAAGCGUUAGGGAUUCUUGGUAGCCUUGUUCAAAAACAAGAAAAUCAAACGUUAAUAUUAAACAUUAUAAUUAAUAAACUCGGUGAUCGUAGUAAGGAGUUUGCAUCUGCAGUGAUACAUAAGUUACGUCUGAUUGCUGGAAUUUCCAGUAGUUUUCUGCAUUUAAUUGUCCAGGAAGUUCGAUCUUUCUUGUUCCGUCCCAAUUUGUUGGAAAGAUCAAAAUACUACGCUAUUUCACUUUUAAGUUGUUUGGAGCUGAAGAGUUCAUCUCGUGGGAGCGGUACUGAUGCAAAUAUAUCAUCUGUGGCGUCAACAUUGAUCAAGAUAUACAUGUCGUUUUUCCGCUCCUUAGCCAAUUCCAAGGAAAUCCCUGAACGAUUUACCACUAUAUUGCUUAGCGGUUUAUGUCGAGUAGCUCCUUUUAUUUCUGAGGAGGCAUUUACAUCUAUGUUAAGUGAGGUGAAUGAUCUGUUUCGGCUUGUUCAUACAACUGGCUUUACUGUGUCUGUUCAAGCUUUGUCCGUACUUUUUCAAAUUUCAACUCAUUGUGUCGCUAUACGUGAUCGUUAUUAUCAGGCCUUAUAUAGAAAAUUACUAGAUCCUGCUAUUCAUCAAAGUUCUAAAAAUCCAAUUCUACUACGCUUAAUCUAUCAAAGUAUGGCUGGUGAUGAUGAUACUGAUCGAAUUGUUGCGUUUAUUCACAGAAUCUUGCAACUAUGUAUUUCACAUACAGAUCCUGGUUUUAUUGUCGGUUGCUUAAUUCUAAUUAAUAAGGUGUCAUUAUCCAAACCAAAUCUCAUAAUGGUUUCGCAAAUAAAUAAAGAACAGUUACCAGUUAAUGAAAUGACGAAUUUGGCAAAAUUCGAACAGUCCGAUAAUGAUGAUGAGGAUGAGCAUUUUAGUGAUGCACAUUGUUCUGAUGUUGAUAAUUCUAAUGGUGAAUCUGUACAAAAUAGUGUAAUGACUAAUAAAACAACCCAAUCUGACAAAUCUACAAUCACAACCGAUAAGAGCAAUGAAUUAUUAACAUCAUCAUGGUAUCAUCGUUCUUUAAAAAAGCAACGGAACACCCCAAACAUAUUUAAUUAUGGUUAUAAUCCAACUGUACGAGAUCCAAAAUUUGCACAGGCUACUGGAUGUUUAGUUUGGCCACUUAGUCUCCUAUCAAAACAUAUUCAUCCUACAAUUAAUUUAUUUGCUAAUUCAUUAUUAAAUAAUUUACCAAUACAAUACACUGGAGAUCCAUUCACAGAUUUUGGAUUAACGCAUUUUCUGGAUCGAUUCGCAUAUAAAAAACCAAAGUUAAAUAAAUUAAAAGAAGCUAAGUCAACUACUGAAGAACAUAUUCAGAAAACUGCACCUGGAAAGUUAUUACAACGAAAAGAAGGUACGUUAUCAGGUCCAUAUGCAAUGGCUGUUGAUAGUUCGGCAUUCCGACAACUUCCACUAACUAGUGUUCCUGUUCAUGAACGAUUUUUCCAUAAGUAAGUUAUUUUUUUAUUUUUAUUUUUUAAAUUGUGAGUUUCAGGAUAAUGUGACUUUCCUUUUUUCAAAGAACGUGGCGUUCAAUCAUAUUUUCAAUAAAUGAUAAGUAAAUAAAGUAACUCAUUCAUUAGGUUCCUGUGCAUGAGUUACACUUCAAGUUUGAUGGCUAAUAAUACUAACUGGUUGACUAAACUGAACAGACAAGUGAGGCUUAACCCUAGGAUUUAGUAGCUGCAAAUCGAAUGCCUUAAGAUACUAAGGAUCGAUAAUUUAAUCGGAGAGGUAGUUUAUGGAACGGAAUCGUGACAUACUAACCUUCCGAAAAAAAGUUUCAAUACAUGAAAUGAUGUACUUUAAAAUAGUAGGUAGGAAUCAACUAUCAACAUUGGCAAAGCUUAUAAACUAAAUGAAACUACCAUUAAUACUUAGUUUUUAUUCCUUUUUCAGCAAUUUAUUUUUAAUUUUAACGAUAUAUUUAUUCAAUAACAAUGAUUUCACUUUAGAAGGAUCCAUUUUGACUAAAACUAUGUCUCGAAUUGGUGUCUUGAACUAACGGGAAUAAACUUUAGCUUCUUUUUGAGGCCUAGUUACCACAACUCUUUUUUCUCUUUUGAUACCAUUUACCCCCAAAAGCCAAAUCUUGCAAGGGAAUUUACCUAUGGAGACUAAAGGAGAUUGAUUUAAGCAAGCAACAUACUUUUGUUUACGAAAUUGAGAGGACGAAAAGCGAAUGUCCUGCGCUUUAACCGGGUUGGUGGACACGGAAAGUCCACCUAUGGGAGUUGGAAAACCCUGAUUCCAAACCAAUGGUGCACAUGGGAUCCAGUAUCCUAAAGGAACGAAUGGCAUAUGAACCAAUUGUUGGUUACCGGCUACCAUGGGACUGCAUCUCCUUACGAUGCUCUACUGCCUUGUGGAUCAGACCUUAAGGUUAAAGGCUCCGAGUGUGGCCCCCUUAGAAAACUACCUGCUUCAGUUUGGGCACCCGGGCAGUAUCACAGUCCUCACACAAAUCAAAUGAGAUUUGUGUGGCGCAUAUACAUCUGGUGGCCCUUUGUACCAAUAUUUGUGUGUUUAAAUAAAUAACCUUAGAAGAGGGGUAGAAUUUGGUUCAUUAAAAGAGCCGCAAACCAAUAAAAAAUUGACAUCUUUAAACGCGGUAAAAAUAAAGGAUGGCUGCCAUAUGGAGUUUUGGCGCGGAAAAUGGAAGUUUAAAUCUACAAAAUAAAAACAACAAAAUAGUCAGUAAGAGGUUAUUUCUUGGUUAUUUAAUUUUCACAGUAAGGUAUAAGAAUCUCAGCGUUUUAACUAACAUGAUAAGUCUCAGUCUGUUAUGACUCGUAAGUUGAACGU